AUGACAUCAAACCUAUCGUCGGCGGACCUGUUUGGAGGUCUCAGCGAUAGCGAUAGCAGUGAUAACGAGGACCGAAUCGAAAAUGAAAGAGCAUCUGCAACUGUGUUUCAAGAUUUAGAAAUGAGCUGCAGCAGUGAAGAAGAAUUGGGUCAUGAAGAUACACAGCCAAUGGAACUUUCUCCAAGUCCGGAGUCAAUAUCGCUCGAAGAGUAUCGUUACAACAGAAAUGAAUCGAACCGCUCUGAAAAUGGAUAUUCAACCAGUUUUCUCUCCGCUUCCACUUCUUCCAGUCAUUCAUCGUACUAUGAACAUACAGGAAUCCCGAACACUUCAAUUGAAAUGAUCGGUGAAAAUGCAGAGAACUCAGUCGACAAUCAGGAUAGACGUAACAUAGAAGACCCCAUUCCUGACUCCACAGAAGAGAUAAAAGUCGAAGAAUCAGCGAUCCCACCGCCAAUUCAUCAGAUUCAAGUGCAACGCCAUGAGGCUCUUCAAAAAGCGAAUGCGCCAUCACACUUCAUGAUGUCGAAACCUUCUGAUUCUUUCACACAAAGGAAAUUUCCAACUAGAAAUAAUUCAUCACUCACAGAUGAGGAACUAGAGGAAAAAUUACUAGCCGAGAAAAUCAAAGAGCAAGAGAUUUUAUCAGAUAUAGUUCUGAUUGCUAAUUUUUCAACCGAACAGCUGGAUCGAUAUGCUGCGUUCAGAAGGUCCAAGUUCAAUAAGCCAGCUGUCAAAAACAUUAUCGCGCAAGCUACAGGAAGUGCCGUAAGCGAUCCUCUCGCGUUGGCUGUUGGUGGUCUUGCAAAGUUGUUUGUUGGUGAACUAGUGGAAGAAGCUGUGGAAUUACGUGAUGCAUCUAACGAAGAGAACAGACCAGUCCAACCACAUCACAUUAUAGCUGCAUUUAAUAAGCUCAAUCAGGAUGGAAAACUAUGGCCUCCGUAUGGAAAGAAGUUUUAA